AUGGGUUCAAUGGUUUAUCACACACAAAUAUGGUAUCAGAGCGGAGGUCGAUUCCCGCACAUUUCUUUGCAAUUUCUCAAUCCAAUUGAAGGUUUUGCUGUUGAAAUGAUCAAUUUCUCAAUUGCAUGUGGAGUUUUUGCACAGUUCAAUACGAUUAGGAUAGCUGAUAGCGUAGAGUAUGUUACUGAUGCAGUUGAGUUGUGGAGAGAAUUAGAAGAUCAAUAUGAUCAAACUAAUGGAGCAAAAUUGUAUGAGAUACAAAAGGAAAUAAAUGACUUGUCACAAGGAUCACUGGAUAUCACCAUCUACUACACUAGAAUGAAGAAGUUGUGGGAAGAGUUGAGCUAUCUCACAGUCAAAACUCAUUGUAGCUGCCAGUGCAAUUGUGGUGCAAAGGAGAACAUGCAUAAGGUUGAACAGGAUAGGGGGUUAAUUCAAUUCCUCAUGGGAUUGAAUGAGGCAUUCUUUAUAUUAAUUCAAGAAGAGAAACAGAGAGAGUUCAGACCUCAAAAUCGUAUGGUGUUGGAAUCUGCUUCACUACACGCUAAAUCAUAUAGCAACAAGAGCAACAAUAAUCAUUCAGGUCCAAGUACUUCUGGAACCAGAAACUUCAGAACAAAUUAUGCAGGCAACAACUAUGCAGGCAAUUCAAGUGGAACUAGGCCUUUUUGUGAUUAUUGCAAAAGGCCAGGCUAUACAAGGGAUAAAUGUUACAAACUUCAUGGAUAUCCAAACAACAAUUCACAUCCUAGCAGUUCUCAUAGGAACAAUAGUCACCGGAAUACUAAUCCCACAUUUCAGCAUCAGAAUUACUCACAGCAACACAACAAUAACCAAGCUUCUAGGUACAACAAAGGGAAAAGGAUUGCAGCUAAUGUUCAUGGAAUGUCUACAGAUGUGUUGUCCCAUCAUAGAGAGGAACCAAGAGACCAAGAGGAUGUGAGUCUUACCAUGAAUCAUGCAAAUCAUGCACCAAACAUCACCAAAGAACAGUAUGGACAACUUAUGAGUCUUCUUCAGCAGUUUUAA